AUGGUGUUUGGCAAAAAUUGCAAAAGCGCUUUUGGUGAGAUCCAAAAGCACUUGGAGUGGUUUUGGAAGAAGCACUUGAGAGUGCACUACGUUGGAACUCUACUUCAUGGGACGAAGUUCGAGUCAACCAGAGACACAGACGAGCCUCUCAAUUUGAAUUCUUUAUUGUAUCGGGUGGCGUUGGUUGAUGGUACUGUUGUUGCAGAGACACCAGAAGAAGGAAUUGAAUUGUAUGUGAAGAAAGAUGCAUUGCCAAAAGAAAUCAAGACAAUGAAAAAGGGAGAGAAGAUGCCUUUGGUGUGGAGGGGAGAGAUUCAAACAAGGGAUUUCAUUUUGUCCUUCCAAGUAAUAAAGAAGGUCAUGAAAGAAGGGGAAGGUGCGUGGGUUGCUAAUGAAAGUGCAAGUGUUACUGGUAAGUUUAUUGAGAUGCAUAUUAUUUUAGCAAUAUUACUGGGAUCAGUUGGGAUCUGGUGA